CUUCCUGCCGAAGGGCCGAGAAUCAAUCAAAUAAAACAGAAAAAAAAAAAAAGGAAAAAAGAAGCUACUACUGACUGUAGUAGUAGCGGGUAAUACGUAAAGACGGAAUUGGUAGAACAAUUCACAACGGUUUAAUUAGGCAAGAACUUCACAUAUUGCACUUAUUUAAAGUAGUAAAUAAAAAAUCAUUAAUUAAUAAAAAAAACUAGAAAAGAAAUGUGGGUGGAGUUGAUUUGUGGUCUGAUAAUCUUCCGAUUGCUGAAGCGUUUCUUCUACGACGAUGGCGACGCCGCCGAUAUUCUGGACGCCGAUGCCUUCUCCUCGGACGCUACUGCCCUUUUUACUGUUGCCCAUCGCCUCGAGAAGCUGUACGGAGGAAAAGCUUAUGUGGGACUCCAGAUCCCAGACCCCGAUGCCGCCACCCGCCAGAGUAUCGACAUGGUUCUCGUCACCAAGAGGGAAGCAGUGAUCGUUUCUAUCAAGAAUGUCUCUGGAAUGAUCUCCAUAGAUAGCAAAGAUGGUGCCUGGAUUUGCACUGCCAUACCCGGCACUGGACAUAACAAGCACCACAUCUCCCAGGACCAGCGUCUUCCGGAUCCUGUAGCAGAAACCAAACAACUGAUUUCCAUUCUUGAAUCAUAUCUUGAACAAAGGGGCCUCGCUCUUCCAGAAGGUUAUCUGUCUUAUAAAGUCAUAUGUCCUAACCCUAAUUUCUGUACUGUUCAUCCAAAUUUAUUUCCUUCUGAGGUCAUCACAUAUGACCAGUGGACACAAUUAAAGCCAGAGCCUAAGAACAUGCUAUCGGGUUGGAUAAAGGGUGCAUUUGGUGGCGGAAAAAAGGAAAUGCAGGAGUCAUUACAUGAGAAACUUGAUUUUAUCCUGGGCACGGCUCCAAUGUGGGAUAGGUUGGAGCUCAAGGGCAACAAGUUUCUCUUUGGAGAAUUUCUGGACUUUAAAGGGAAGCAAGACGAUAUUCAGGCUUUAAGGAAUGUUAAAAGAUCAAAAGUUGGUAGUCUUAUUAUCCAGAAAACAAGCAUGUUGGGUUUAGCUCACUCAAAACUUCAAGUUCUGUACUCUUCUCGUGACUACCGUGGUGAGGGGACUUCUGCAUCAGAGUGGAAGGAAGCGACUGUUAGAUCAAACACCGAGGUGUUAUUUCAGCCCCAGAAUUCUACUAAAACACGCAAAUACAAGCUAUCCUCAGUUAUUUCGAUGUCAUUGAGUGCCUGAAAGUUCUGUUGCUGACGAUGCAUGCCCGAGGGUUGUGCAUAAUGUAACUUCUACGUGGUACUCUUCCUCCAAUUUUGAAUUUUGAAAUAAUAAUGUUAUCACAUGUGAAGUCUACUACUACGUGAUUGCUAUUGCCUCUCUGUAUGUGUCGGUCGAUGGUGUAAGACAAAGUAAAAGGGAAAGAUCAUAAGAUUCUCUCUGAUUAUUCUUGUA